AUGCCCUCCUCCCUCUCCAGGCUGCUGUCUCGCUCGAGCGCCGAGAAGCUGAGCACGCAGACCACAGCCACAACCAUGAUUGAACUACGCGAGGACUUUCGGUCCUCCGGCGACAAGGACAAAGGCGAGGAGUCACUGGAGAGCGGCAGGAGCAAGGUCCCGCGGCUCAUCCCCAUGCCCACGGCGGAUCCUAGAGAUCCCCUCAACCUGCCCACCUGGCACAAGAUGGCCGCCCUCGGGUCCCUCUGCCUGUUCGGCGCCAUGGCCGCCGCCGCCGAGCUGGUCCUCGGCGCGAUGCUGCCCGUCUUCAGCUUCCAGUACGCCGGUAUUGACCCGAAGCUGCUGACCAAGGUGCGCCUGCCCGAGGGCGUCAACGCGCUGACCAUCCUCGCCGAGUUCCCCGGCCCGCCCAUCUGGGAGAUCUACCUGCUGGCCUCGCUGCCCAUCCUGAUGAUGGGCGUCACCAACAUUGCCCUCAUCCCGCUCGCCAUCGCCACCGGCCGCCGCAACGUGCUGCUCAUCACGGGCGUCGUCGCGCUCGCGGGGUGCGUCGGGUCAGGGUUCAGCACGUCGUUGGCCACGCACCUCGUCUGUCGUGUGAUCCAGGCGGUCGGCGCGGGGACUAUUGAGAGUCUCAUUCCGUUUAUCCUGCAGGAUAUCAUCUUCUUCCAUCAGCGAAACGCCGCCAUUAGCAUUGUAUUUGCUACUCAGGGUUUGAUCAUUGUCGCUCUAGGCGUGGCAGCACCGUACAUUAUUGGCUACGCCGAUUGGAGACUCAUCUACUUUGCCACUGCCAUCGCCGGCGCUGUGUUUUGGGUCUGCCUCUUCCUCACCCUACCCGAAACUAAGUUUGAUCGUUCCCAAGACGAGAGCAAUGGCAUCCCGGCCGUGCCGCUCCGCCCCGGUCAGACCCGGCCCGACAUCGACCACGUCAGCUACCCCGCGCGCUCCUUCAAGGACGACAUCAAGCUCCUCCAGUGCAAGGUCGACUGGCGCGCGGGCAUCGAUGCCCUCUGGGCCUGCCUGCGCACCUUCUUCUACCCGCAUAUGCUCUUCGUCACGCUUCUCAACUCGGCCGUCAUCGCCAUGGCGCUCGCUGCCGGCUACACCACCGCGCCACAGCUCCUCGCCGACCCCUGGAGCUGGAACUUUUACCACCUCGGCUUCUGCCUCUUCCCGCUCAUCGUCGCCGCCAUCGCCUCCUUCCUCGUCUCCGGCUGGGGAGCCGACCAGGUCGCCAACUGGCUGGCGCGCAGGAGCGGCGGGCGGGAUCCCGAGUUCCAAGCGCUCAACCUGAUCAUCCCGUGCGUGGUUGGCCUCGUGGGGUGCAUCGUGUUUGCCGUCUCGGGAGACGACCCGGCAAAGUACCACUGGAUAGUGUUCCUCCUCGGUCUGGGCAUGAUUGCGUUCGCUUUCCUCGCCACAAACACGAUCGGAAUCGUCUACGUCCUGGAAUCGUACCCUCAUCUUACCGGACCGGCCUUGGUCAACAUCGCGUCCUUCCGCCUCGUGGUGGCCUUUGUGCUGUCCUUCCGGGUUUCGGAGUGGGUUGCUGAGCUCGGGUACCUGAAGACGUUCAUCAUGUAUGCCGGAAUCCUGGGUGCGUUUAUCCUGUUCAUCCCCAUCAUCUAUAAAUGGGGACCGAGCUGGAGAAAGCACGAGCCCAAGCGGCUGGAGUAG